AUGACAUUGGGCAAACAGUACAAUCCGACUGACCGAGACCUGCAACUUGCCGGCCUUCGCAACGUUGGCAAGACGCGUUCCUCAGAUAGCCGCAGCUCAAGUGCUUAUGCAAGUCGCCACCAGGCUGCCGAGCAACGUCGUCGCACCCGCAUUAAUGAACGGCAAGUUGACGCCUUGAAACCUUGGCGAGCGUGCGAUAAGAAACUCGAGCUUCUUCGUAAGCUUGUUCCGCAUGCGGAAAGGGCCAAUACUGCCUGCUUUCUUGAGGAGGUCAUCAAAUACAUUGAGGCGUUGAAGCGGCGAACCAUGGAGCUGGAGACCAUGCUGGAGGCUGCAACUGGCAAGCCCGUUGCCAAGUCGCUCGGAACGCAAGGAGUGCCCAGCAGCGGCGCCUGUGGCAGCAGUGCCUUAGAACCCCACCAGCAGUCGCCACAGCUGCAGCUGGCGUCGGCGGUGUCCUCGCAGCUGGCGCACUUGCUUCCCGGCGGGGGCGGGCCGCAAGGGCAGCAAAACGGGCUGGGAGCGCUGUUCCCCCACUCGGGUGGUGCACUGUCCCUCGCUGGCGGGUCGCUGUCUCUUGGCGGCAACGGUAACGGGGGGGCUGCCAACACGCUGUCGCUCGCACAACUCACCGCGGGCCUGCAGGCGCACCAACACCUGAGUGGCGCCGCAGCGGCAGCAAGCCUCCUGCCUCACUCGCACAGCCAGUUGACGUCCUCCGCCUCCUUGACACAACAGCACCUCAACGACUUGCAGACGAUGCAAGUAAUGCACUCGUUGCACCAGCACCAACAGCAGCAGCAGCAACAGCAAGCACGAGCGGCCGCUGUGGCUGCCGCCCCAGGAGGGCAUCUUUCCCUUCACGCGGCGCACACCUCCUCUCACCACUCGGCUGGCCAUCCUCCUCCUUUCCUCCCUACCAACAAUAAGGCAUUCCUGCAUUUCAAUGAGGACCUGUUUGGCGGGCUGAAGCCGGAGCAGCUGGUGCCGAGUCGAAGUUUGCUGGGGGCUGCCGCGUCGACAACGCCGUCGACCUCGAUGCAGCUCACGUCCGCGCACCUACCAACUGACUCGAAUACACUGGCGCAGGCGGAAACAAGGCGGAAGACGCUGUCGGGGUCGCCUGUGUCCAGCGAAGAGAGCGGUGUACCCCUGAAGAAGCGCAAGAUACUGAUGCUUUAG